AUGGGAGAGUCACAAAAUUCGGCUGAUCUCAUUCAUACGACAUCGGAUACACUAUCAUAUUUAUCUUUAUCAACGCAACCUAACAUCAAGUAUAAAUCUACGCCUGAUCCAUUAUCUGUCUACGUGCCAUUGGAUUCUCUAACUGAGGAAACGAUUGAUUCUAUUGUUUCGACUGUUCAACAAUCUAAUAAAAAGGAUUGGAAUCAUAGUAGACGUACAUUGCUCGCUUUUUUGCUUGCAAUCAAGAAUAAAGUGAGCGAUAUUGAAAAACAAGACUCAAAAAAUACAUUCGAUAAACAAAUCGUACAACACGCCAGAAAAGUUGGGGAAUGGCUCGUAGAGAAAGAUCAUUCUGGUAAUAUCAACAAACUUGAUUGGGACGAACUUCGUAAAACGUAUGAACAAAUGGCAAGUGAGAAUGAUGACGGCAUGGCAAGACAUUAUAGUGUUACAAACGUCGAACCUUACUAUGAGUUAACUAUUGAAGGGUUACAUGCUGAUAUAAAUCAAUCUCGAGAAUAUAUGGCGCGUUUUCGUAGUCAUGGUUGGGAACCUAAUGAAUUAAAAAUUUAUUGGAAUGUACAACAACUUGAAAAUCUUUGUCCGAAACAUGAAACACAAGCUGAGCAAGUAGAAGUAAGAGAUGAAGAAAAAACUGAUGUCAACAGUGAAACGAAACAUACUCUAAAAGAUACAACAAAAGUUGAAACAAAACUCGAAAAAAACGAAGAAGUAAACAAUGAAGCAACAGUCGAUGUGAAAAAUGAAAGUAACAAUGAAGUAAGGAGUGAAGUGAAAGGUGAAUCAAAUGAAGAAGCAAAGAAUGAAGCAACAGUCGAAGCAAAAACUGAAAGUAAAAAUGAAGUAAGAGAUCAAGUGAAAGAUGAAUUAAACGAAGAAACGAAUGGUGAAGCAACAGUUGAAACAAAAACUGAAAGUAAUAAUGAAGCAAGGAGUGAAGUAAAUGAUGAAGCAAAAGCUGAAAAUUUCCCACCACAUGAUCCAUCUGAUGCUGAUGUCAUACGAGCUCUACGUCAGUAUCCUGUAUCAAAACGAAAUAAUGCUGGAAAGAUCACCUAUGUCAACAAAGGAAUUGAAAAGGCCGUUUUUGAUGUACCUG